CAGAGACUGCUCAGGUGGCAGAGCCUUCGUUCGCUGGUCGCCUCCCGAACCCAGAAUGAAGCUAGUCUUUCCUGCGCUGCUGUUCCUUGGGGCCCUUGGACUGUGUCUGGGCACCCCUGGGAGAAGCGUUCGGUGGUGCACCAUAUCACAAGCAGAGGAAGCAAAAUGCACCAAAUUCCAACAGAAUAUGAGAGAAGUGGGUGGCCCCAAUGUCUUCUGCACAAGGAAAAACUCUCGCCAAGAAUGUAUCCAGGCCAUCAAGGCGAACGAGGCAGAUGCUGUGACCCUUGAUGGUGGUCUGGUGUACAAGGCAGGCCUGGACCCCAAUAAACUGCGACCUGUAGCGGCUGAGGUCUAUGGGACCCAAGAGGAGCCACAAAUCCACUAUUAUGCUGUGGCCAUAGCAAAGAAGGGAACCAACUUCCAGCUGAACCAGCUACAAGGCAGGAAGUCCUGCCACACAGGCCUUGGCAGGUCCGCCGGCUGGAACAUCCCUAUGGGGUUGCUUCGUCCAUUCUUAAACUGGGCAGGGCCGCCCGAGCCCCUUGAGAAGGCUGCGGCCAACUUCUUCUCUGCCAGCUGUGUGCCCUGCGCGGAUGGGAAAGAGUACCCCAACCUGUGUAGCCUGUGUGCGGGGACAGGGGAGAACAAGUGUGCCUGCUCCUCCCAGGAACCAUACUUUGGCUACGCCGGUGCCUUCAAGUGUCUGCAUGAAGGAGGUGGAGAUGUGGCUUUUGUCAGGCACACUACAGUGUUUGAGAGCCUGCCAGACAAGGCCGACCAGGACAAGUACGAGCUGCUCUGCCUAAACAACACUCGGAAGCCAGUGGACGCGUUCAGGGAGUGUCACCUGGCCCGGAUCCCUUCUCACGCUGUUGUGGCCCGAAGUGUGGACGGCAAGGAGGACUUGAUCUGGGAGCUUCUCAACAAGGCGCAGGAAAAGUUUGGAAAAGACAAGUCACCUGCGUUCCAGCUCUUUGGCUCCCCUAAGGAUGAGAAGGAUCUGCUGUUCAAAGACUCUGCCCUUGGGUUUUUGAGGGUCCCCGCGAAGGUCGAUUCUGGGCUGUACCUUGGCUUCAACUACCUCACUGCCACCCAGGGCCUGAGGGAAACGGCUGCGGAAGUGGCGGAGAGGCGCACGCGCGUCGCUUGGUGCGCGGUGGGCAAAGAGGAGGAGGGCAAGUGCCAGCAGUGGAGUCAGGCGAGCCUCAGGAACGUGACCUGUGUCUCAGCGCCCACCGGCGAGGACUGCAUCGCCCUGGUCCUGAAAGGAGAAGCCGACGCCCUGAGCCUGGAUGGAGGACUGAUCUAUGUUGCGGGCAAGUGUGGUUUGGUGCCUGUCCUGGCAGAGAACCAAAAAUCACAGAUCCCUAAUAAUGAACGUUGUGAGGAUAGACGAGUGCAAGGGUACCUUGCCGUGGCAGUUGUCAGGAAAUCAGAUGCGGGUAUCACCUGGAAUUCUCUGAGAGGCAGGAAGUCUUGCCACACCGCCGUGGACAGGACUGCCGGCUGGAACAUCCCCAUGGGCCUGCUGUUCAGCCAGACAGGCUCCUGCAAAUUUGGUGAAUUCUUUAGUGAGAGCUGUGCCCCCGGGGCCGACCCGAACUCCAAUCUCUGUGCGCUGUGCAUUGGCGACGAAAAGGGUGAGAACAAGUGUGUGCCCAACAGCAGUGAGAGAUACUUUGGCUACACUGGGGCUUUCAGGUGCCUGGCUGAGAAGGCUGGAGACGUCGCCUUUGUGAAGGACUCCACUGUCCUGCAGAACACGAAUGGAGGGAGCUCUGAGGCAUGGGCUAAGGAUUUGAGGCUGGAGGACUUUGAGCUGUUGUGCCUGGACGGCACCCGGAAGCCUGUGAAGGAUGCGGAGAGGUGCCACCUGGCCAGGGCUCCGAACCACGGCGUGGUGUCUCGGGAAGAUAAGGCGAAACACCUGGAGCAGGUGCUGCUCCAACAGCAGACUCAGUUUGGAACAAACGGAGACAAAUGCCCGAGUGAGUUUUGCCUGUUCCGGUCCAAAACCAAAAACCUCCUGUUCAAUGACAACACCGAGUGCCUGGCCAAACUCCAAGGCAAAACGACGUAUGAAGAAUAUUUGGGAUCGGCAUAUGUCACGGCCGUUGGUAAUCUGAGACAGUGCUCAACCUCCCCGCUUCUGGAAGCCUGCGCCUUCCUGAGGAGGUAAACCCACCCGCAGACUCCGUGGCCCCCCCUCCUGCGGCAGCCCAGGCCCGCCCCGCUCUCAGCCCCGCCUGGGGCGCUGGGCCGUCCCCCUUCCCAGCCAGUCACCUGCUUUCGCGGCCCUCAGCCGUCAUCCUGGCAAUAAAGGAAAUGAGAAAG